GUAGUGGUUCCUCCAUAUUUUAUCUCUCCAAGGACCGAUUUCGAACCACCCUCAUCUCGCACGGGACCCACACCGAAGUAGUCUGUACUUUCGGCAGGCACGAAUAAGAGAGAUGGCUUCCGAAGCUGGCCGCCCUCCUAACUACUACGCGAUUCUGGAAGUCCCCGAAACGGCCUCGGCCGCCCAGAUCCGCGAUGCUUACAAGCGCGCCGCCCUGAAAAGCCACCCCGACCGCAUCCCCGCCGACCACCCGGAGCGCGCCAGCCGCAUCCGCAGGUUCCAGCUGGUCGACGACGCCUACUACACGCUCAGCGACGCCUCCCGCCGGCGCGACUACGACGCCCAGCGGAAGCUGUUUUCCGCCAACAGUAGCGGCGGCGGCGGGGGCCCGUUCGCCGAAGCCAAGGCGGACGCCGGCACCACUACCCGCGGACAGCAGGGGCAGGGGCAGGGGCAGGGGCAGGAGCAGGAGCAAAGGCAGCAGCAGGAGCGGGAGCGGACCGAGGACGAGCAGUUCGCCGACGUGUUUGAGGAGAUGCUGCGCGAGGGGGGGAUGGCGGACCAGGAGCCCGGCGCCAGGCCGACGAGCAAGGUCUGGAGCGUCCUCGGCGGGCUGAGCGGCGGCGCGCUGGGUUUCAUCGUCGCCAACGUCCCUGGGAUGGUGGCGGGCGCGGUGGCCGGAAACAGGCUGGGUGCGGUACGCGAUGCGAAGGGAAAGAGCGUCUACGCUGUCUUCCAGGAAUUGCCACAAACAGAGAGGGCGAUGCUGUACUAUUUGAUUAAUCUCUUUUCUUCUUCUUCUUCCUCUUCUUCUUCUUCCUCCUCCUCUUCUUCUUCUUUAGUCGUACAAGAACUCUAGACGGAUUUCUUAGAGCGCAAGCCGACUAUUAAUUACUUGUCAACCGUAAAAUAACUGAUAAUGGAGCUCUUCAAAUC